AUGCGAAAGAACACCUCUUCUGCUCCCAUCGUUGUCUUCGACAUGGACAUGAUUGCUGGAGACGAGAGAGUCCGUCUGUUCCAACAACCUCCUCCUGUAACAAACUUCUUGGGCUUCUCCGGGGUAACCAUGCCUUCAACGCGUCGCUCCCUUCCCGCUGCGGGUCCAGCACCCUCGUCUACCCUCGCGCGGGUCGCAGGAGCUGAGAUGUCCGCAAAGCAGAAACGCGAAGCGAAACGACUCAACAUCGACGCCAAGGCUGGAAUCGUCGGGGACCUGAAGGAAGUGAAGAAGAGUGAGGGUGGGAGUGAGGGUGGGAGUGAGGGGAAAAGGGAGGUGUACCAUUAUCGUGGCGCGGUGUAUAUGAUCAAGGGCGAUGAGCCGGAGGAGUGGCUACAGCAGGAGCCGGAGAGGUUCCGGAGUAAGAAGAGGAAGGUUAGUGAGGUUGAUGGUGAGGGUGAGGUUGAGAGUAAGGAGGGGGUGGGGCAAGUGAACGAGCGAGAGCGGAAGAAGAGGAAGGUCGGUAACGUCGAGGCGGCUACGAAGGGUGAAGUUUCGGUGCGUGCCAUCACCACCUCCAGCACUCCAUCAAAGAAGCGCAAGAUCUCUACCACCAACAACAGCAAAAUGGACGUCACGGCCACAGUACCCACCGAGCGCAAACGAUCAAGUGACGAUACCGACGAAGCCGCUACCGACCCACGACCUCGCAAGCAAGCCAGAGCAACCGCCACCACCUCAGCCCCAGCUCCUCCACCACCAACCCGCCAAACCAACCCCAAGCAAACAAAACCCCGCCGUCCCCACCCAAUAGCACAAGAACAACGCCGCACCGCCCACGCAGAAAAAAUGCGCCUCGACUUUACAGUCAACGGUGGCCACGACAGCAUCUCCACUUCCCAAGCCCGCCGCGAAGCCAUAGCCAAAGGCUACCAAGUCCUGCCUCUCCCACAAAACGCGCUGGACGAAGGCAGGACUUAUCGGCGGGAAAGUGCGGGCGAGGCGUUGGAGGGGUUUAUGAGGAAAUUGGUGGGGUUGAAUGGGGAAAUUAAGAGGAUUGAGGGGGCGAGGAGGGAGUUGGAGGGGAGGCGGGCAGACAGAGAAAAGGGGGGCAACGAUGAUGCGGAUGGGAAGGUGCGGAGGACGGGGGUGAAUGUGGUGGAACUCCCCGCUUUUGCCGCGAGGAAAGCUGCGUUUUUGGCUAGGCGGGACAGUGGGCUGGGUUCUUCGUCGCCGCCUCCGCCUGCUGAUACACCGGCUUCCGAGAACAAGGAGACUUUCUCUCAAGACAGGGCUGAGGAGGUCCUGAGACAGGGACGCAUGAUUGGGGAGUCUUUUCAGGAGAGGGAUGCUAGGUUUGAGCGGGAGAGGGGGUUGCUGGAUGAGCUUUUUGCGAAAGGGCAACGUGGAGGAUAG